AUGGUUCCGUUUGAGCUCCAGCUGGUCCCAGUCCGGAUCUUUAGAAACCCGUUCUCCUUGGACCCCCACAAACUGGUCCUGUGCGAGGCCAGAGAGAUGGACGGGACCCCAGCAUUGGGGAACAGAAGGCAGCAGUGUCUCCGUGUGAUGGAGGCCUCUGAGGACCACAAACCCUGGUUUGGCUUCGAACAAGAAUAUCUGCUGGAGACCCCCGAGGGACUGCCCCUGGGCUGGACCUCCCCCACACCCCCCCCUGUAGUUUCCACAGUGUCGUCUGCUGAGCUGGGGCUGGAUAAAGUCUUCGGUCGUGACGUCUGCGUGAGCCACUGCCGGGCCUGUCUGUACGCCGGGGUCAGGCUCACCGGGACCACCGCAGAAGGACUACCCUCUCAGGUACCACCACCACAGAGGGAAACGGAGGGGUGUUGUUUGGACUAG